AUAAUCACCUACGACCCGACCAGAGGCGGCGUGUCGGUGGUCACGGAAAAAGGGGACACAACCAGGAGUUUCCUGCUGGUGCAGGAAGCGAAGCCGUCGGACUCCGGCCGGUACACCUGUAAUCCAAGCAACGCUCAAUCAAAAUCAAUCACCGUUCACGUACUCAAUGGAGAGUAUCCUGCAGCAAUGCAGCACGGCGGUCAAGCGAGGCAACCGAGGCUCUACUCUCUUCUCCUCUGCCUGUGUCUGCUCCUUUACUAAUCGUUUCGCCACGAAACGUAGCUUCCUUUCGUUCGUGCGGACGGACGGUGAAUGAAAUAACAAGAAAAAUAGAAACUACGACUUCCGCCGUAAUAUCCAAUCGCGGUUGCUAUCGCUCUCCGGCAGAGUUCGCGCAUCCUCGCAGUGACGUAACAAACUGAUUGACGAAUGGCGUGACACA